CAAAAUGGGUUGACAAUAUGCGACGAGAUAAGUGGACACCAACCACCUUUUCGCGAUUGUGUGAGGUACAUUUUGAAGAUUCCCAAUUCGAAGCCCACCGCAUUGAUGGCUGGAGAAAACUUAAACCGAAUGCAGUCCCAACGCUUUUCGAUGUGCCCAACCCCCCGCCACGAAUCAACCCACCUAGACGAAAAUCACUGUACAAGAAUCGUGAUGAAAAUGCAACGCCUGCUCAAGUAGUAAUAGUCGGUUUUGACCGAUCGGUGCUUUAA